CCAAUGAUUAGAACAAUGUUUAAUGUUUAUUGUUUAACAAUUAAUUGGUUUAGAUAUUCUGGAUCCAGUCCUAGUACCAGCACUUCUAACUCAAUCCAAGACUUACAGAUUGUGAAGGAUGAGAAUGUGAAACCGGGUCAGGUGGUGAAAACUAAAGAAUUCUGGAUACUUUGGUUCACCUUCGUACUCAAUACUCAGGCUGUAGGGUACAUAAACACCAUGUACAAGGCAUUCGGACAGACGUUCAUCGACGACGAUCAUUUCUUGGCGAUAGUUGGAGCAUUUGCGGCGAUCUUUAAUUCCUCAGGACGUGUAUUCUGGGGGUACAUGUGCGAUGUAUUCGGGUACAAGAUGUGUAUGAUACUUGUCACAUCCUCCAUCUCCUUCCUUUACGCUACCCUGUACUUUACAGAAUUCGGGUCUAAGGCUCUGUUUGCUGUCUGGGUCUGGUUAAUCUUCUUCUCUUUCUGCGGAACCUUUGUUCUUCUACCAACAGCUAGUGCGGUCUGUUUCGGUACAAAAUACAGCUCUAAGAACUACGGACUUAUUAUGACCGGUUCAGCGGCAGCUGCGCCCAUAAUCGCAAUACUUACACAGGGAUUGUCUCCUGUUGUUGGUUACCUAGGAAUGUUCAUAAUAAUCUCCUGUUUCUCUGCUGCGAGCGCACUGCUUACUUUUUUCUUUCCACCCAACCCUGAACCAGCAAAAAUUCUUGACAAGCUCAAUCCAGCAAACAUCUAGCAGACAACCUACCUAGAGGGAAACCUUUAGGAGAUAUAUAGCCUAGGGGAACCUUUUGGAGACUAUAAACCUAUCCCGAACCUAUAGGAGAUAUCUAAUCUAGUGGAACCUACUGGAGAUAUCUAACCUAUUGGAAUCUCUAGCAGACAACCAAUCUAGGGGAACCUUUAACAGCCAACCAAUUUAGGUGAACGAAUCCUAGCGUACAACCAACCCACGGGGACCUUCAGCAGACAACUAACAUAGGGGAACUUUUACCAGAACACCAACCUUGUGGAAUCUUUAGCAGACAUCCAACCCAAGGGAACUCAUCAAGACACAACUUAGGUCAACCUUCUCUGACAGACAACCAACCUAGGGGAACCUCUAGCGUACUUCGAACUUAUGGGAACCUGAAGCAGAACUUCAUCGUAUUGGAACCUCUAUCUAAACUAAACUAAACUAAACUAAACUAAACUAAACUAAACUAAACUAAAAGAACCUCUGCUAGAUCUUCAAAAUAAUAGAUUUUCUUAUUUAAAAGAGCUAAAUUUAUAAGUUCAGUCAGAAAAUAUUUAUGAAUAUUGUUAAGUUUUUCAUCACCAAGAAAUCUAAAAUCUUCUAGUCUUAAUUUUGAAUAUUAUGUACGGAAUGAUAUUUUUAUGGUAUUUUUUUUCGCCAGUAAGGGAACUUUUAAUCUAAUGAACUGAGCUUAAAAUCUGCUUAGCUUAACUUUAAAGAAAAGAUUGCGGCUGCUUAUUUUUGCUUUCUUCUAGAAACAAAGAUCUUAAUAUAUUUAUGUAUUGUUUGUUUGUAUUGUAUCAAUGGGUAGCACUUGUUAAUAUUUAUAAGAUCCAAAGGAAAGGUGUGCCAAUUUUUUCUUCCGAGUGAAAUAAUUCUCACUAAAAUGUUCACACAUUAAUUGACCAUAAGAAAUUUUUAAGCAUUUAUGAAGUAUACUACAAUUUUACGUAACCUAUAAAUUAGAAUAGACAAAUAUCAAUUUAUAGAAUGUUACCCAAAUGUCGGUGUUUGUAAAACGUUUUAGUCAUAUGCCAUCUUAAAUGUAUUUUUAGAGUUUAUUUUUCUGUCUUCCUUGAAGUCUUGCUUUCAGAACUAAUCUUCAUUUCUUGAUCAUGAAUGUAAAUCAGUAUUAUUAUUAACCUAUAGAAAAGUAGAUUAAUUAAAUCUCAUCUUUGCAACUAAAGCGAUUAAAAAACACAAGGAACAAAGUUUUUGCUCAAGCAAUUUUAUUUAAGACAAGACAAGUUUUAAGAAUAAAACAUCACAAUUUAAUUUUUAAAAUCUCAAAUGAAAGCAAUACUUUAUCAAUGCGAAUUGGUUCACUUCAUUAAUCUACAUAAUUUUUACAACAAUUAUUGGAUUAGACUUCCACGAUUUUCUUUAAUAUCAGAACAAUAGUUAGGAAAAUGUGUUUGUUCAACCUAGAAGCCUAACCAGCUGAGGCCGCAAUUUAGAUAAUUUAGGAAAAAUUAGUCUUAAAACUGAAGGGAACUUCAAGAAUUACAUAAUUUUUUAUGCUCUGAGCGGAAAAAAUAAAAAAUGGACAUCUAAAGGCAAGUUUAGUCAUCCUUUUGAUACUUUUUAACCACACAUUUAAUAAUAUUUUCCAAUU